AUGGCUCGUAUUUCUGGUCUUGAUCCAGCCGGUCCGUUUUUCGAAGGCAAAACUGCUCCCGUACGCCUCGAUCAAAGUGAUGCGAAAUUUAUAGAUGUUAUUCAUUCGAAUACAGACAUUGCUUUGGGUGUCGGCCUCGGAUCGGAUGAUCCAUCCGGUCAUGUAGAUUUCUAUGUCAAUGGUGGCAAACAGCAACCAGGCUGUCCUUCAGUGUAA